AUGGUCGCUACCUGGAUAAUGAACUCGGUGAGUAAGAAAAUCGCUCAGAGCUUGUUGUUUAUGAGUACUGCGGAAUCGAUUUGGAAGAACAUCCUAGCUAGAUUUAAGCAGGAUGAUGCUCCGCGUGUAUUUGAGAUAGAACAACGUUUAGGCACUCUUGAACAAGGCUCUAUGGAUGUUAGUAGCUUCUAUACUGAAUUGAUGACUCUCUGGGAAGAGUAUAAGAAUUACAUUGAGCUUCCUGUGUGUAUGUGUGGUCGCUGUGAAUGUAAUGCUGCUGCUCUAUGGGAAUCUUUACAACAGAGAAGCAGAGUUAUGAAGUUCUUGAUGGGUCUUAAUGAAGCUUUUGAGCCAACUCGUCGCCACAUCUUGAUGAUGAAACCAAUUCCUUCUCUUGAAGAUUAUAACAACACUAUCGUCCUCGCCAGCGUCCGGUUUGUACCCACUGUGGUCAGCUUGGUCAUGUCAUUCAGAAAGUGCUUCAAGCUUCAUGGCUAUCCUCCAGGGCACAAGUUUCACAUAGCUCCGGACAACAACAGUCUCUCCGCAGUCUCGUGGCCAGAAUCAGAAUCUCAACUCAACACUGAUCAAUUCCAGACUUUGCUUCAACAGCUCCAAAGUCACGUUAAGCCUCCUGAGUCUCAUGUUCCCGUUCAACGUGCGUCUAUUACUGAGGGAGGUCAUAUGGCUGCUGAAUCGUCUGCUGGUAUCGUCUCUUUUCCAUCUUCAUAA